AUGUCGUCUAAUACUUCCCCCCCGCAGGUGCGCGAGACCGUCAACCGCCUCAUCCAUAAUCUCGUUAACAUUAAAGAUGAAACGGGCCGAUUUCUCAUGCCGUUGGCAGAUGGUCGCAUCAUCGAUACCAAGUCCUGGCAUGGCUGGGAAUGGACGCACGGCAUUGGUUUGUACGGUAUCUGGAAGUACUACGAAAUGACUGGCGAUCCUGAAUUAUUGAAAAUUAUUGAAGACUGGUUUGCCGCCCGAUUCGCCGAGGGCGACAGGCAACAUCACCUAUCUUCCCUGCUAGACGCCUGGGCCGAAUGGGCCAUGCACGACCUGCCUCGGACGCGCUACGGCGGUCUGCAGCACGCCACCUACCUCACAGACAACUACCAGCAGCUCUGGGAUGACACCUUAAUGAUGACCGUCAUGCCUCUCGCAAAGAUUGGAAAGCUACUAAACCGCCCAGAGUACAUCGCCGAAGCCAAGCGGCAAUUCCUCCUCCACAUCAAAUACCUAUUCGACACCAAGACCGGACUCUUCUACCACGGAUGGACCUUCGAAGAUGGCGGCCACAACUUCGCGCAGGCGCGAUGGGCCCGCGGUAACAGCUGGAUUACCAUCGUCAUCCCAGAAUUCAUUGAACUGCUCGAGCUGGAGCCCACAGACCCCAUUCGGGUACACCUCAUCGACACGCUCGAAGCACAAUGCGAGGCGCUCCAGCGUCUCCAAAACGAGUCCGGCGCUUGGCACACGCUCCUGGACCACUCAGACUCCUAUGUCGAGUCAUCUGCCACUGCCGGAUUUGCAUAUGGUAUCCUGAAGGCGGUGCGCAAGCGGUACAUCUCUGCGCAAUAUAAGCCCGUAGCCGAAAAGGCCAUCGCGGCGGUGGUCGGGGCUGUGGAUGCCGACGGCGAGUUGCAAAACACUAGCUUCGGCACGGGAAUGGGAGAUAAUCUGCAGUUCUAUAAGGACAUUCCCCUCACGUCUAUGCCGUAUGGUCAGGCCAUGGCUAUCAUGGCUCUGGGAGAGCAUCUGCGUGGGUUCCUGUGA